CCUGCCUGUGGUGUGUGGUGUGUGGUGUGUGGUGUGGGGGGGAAGGCCUGGGGCAGCAGGAGCAGGACAGCCAGACAGGCCGGACGGGGUACCAGCACCUCUACUUCUCUCCCUGGGACACUGUCCAGACUCUUAGGGCCAUAGGCCAACCUGAGCGAUGGGUGCGGAGAAGGAGGUGCUGGUCACACUGUCAGGGGGAGCCCCCUGGGGCUUCCGACUUCAGGGUGGGGCCGAGCAGAGGAAACCCUUACAGGUGUCCAAGAUCCGAAGACGGAGUCAGGCUGGCAGAGCAGGACUCCGAGAGAGGGACCAGCUUUUGGCCAUCAAUGGGGUCUCCUGCACCAGUCUCUCUCAUGCCAGCGCCAUGAGCCUCAUUGAUGCCUCAGGGAAUCAACUUGUCCUCACUGUGCAGAGGGUAGAAGAUGAAGGGCCUUUGAGGUCUCCACCCCCCGGUGAGCUUCAGGUGCUGUCACCCUUGUCUCCGCUGAGUCCUGAGCCCCCUGGUGCUCCAGUUCCCCAGCCUCUUCAGCCCGGGAGCCUCCUCUCACCCCCUGACAGUGAGGCUUACUACGGAGAAACAGACAGCGAUGCUGAUGGCCCUGCCACCCAGGAGAAGCCCCGCCGCCCCCGCCGCCGAGGCCCCGCAAGGCCCUCCCCUCCGGGAGCCCCACCUGAUGAGGUCUACCUGUCUGACAGCCCUGCAGAGCUGGCACUUGCUGUGCCUGGUCCUUCCAACCAGGGUGACAGCCGUGUGAGCUCCCCAUCUUCGGAGAAUGGGACAGCCCUUAAGCCACCCCCAGCUGAGGCCCUGCUGUUGCCCCAUGGUCCCCUCCGGCCUGGCCCUCAUCUCAUCCCUAUGGUGGGGCCUGUUUCCCACCCGGUGGCAGAAGAUCUUACUACCACCUACACCGAGAAGGCCAAGCAAGCCAAACUGCAGCGGGCAGAGAGCCUUCAAGAGAAGAGUGUGAAGGAGGCCAAGACCAAAUGCCGAACGAUCGCAUCCCUGCUAACCGCGGCCCCCAACCCCCACUCCAAGGGCGUGCUUAUGUUUAAGAAAAGGCGGCAGAGGGCCAAGAAGUACACCCUGGUGAGCUUCGGGUCUGCGGCUGGGACGGGCGCCGAGGAGGAAGAGGACGGGGUCCCCCCGACGAGCGAGUCCGAGCUGGACGAGGAGGCCUUCUCCGACGCCCGCAGCCUCACCAACCAGUCCGACUGGGACAGCCCCUAUCUGGACAUGGAGCUGGCCAGGCCGGGCUCGGGCGCGGCGGAGGCCCCGAGCAUCUUCAACAGGUCAGCCAGGCCCUUUACCCCGGGCUUGCAGGUGCAGCGGCCAGGUACCACCUCGGUUAUUUUCCGGCCCGUGGCCCCCAAGAGGACGAACGAAAGCCUGGGAAGCCUCAGCCCCGCCCCGCCCCCUUUCCCGUCCUCUCCUCAGGGGUCCGCCCCUCUGCCCAGCUUCACCUCGGGGGAGGCGCGGCGGCGGGGCACCCGGAAGCAGAUGUUCCGGCCGGGAAACGAGGAGACGAGGAACUCGCCCAACCCCGAGCUCCUGUCGCUGGUGCAGAACCUGGAUGAAAAACCCCGGGCCGGGGGCGCGGAAUCGGGCCCUGAGGAGGAUGCGCUGAGCCUCGGGGCCGAAGCCUGCAACUUCAUGCAGCCACCAGGGGGCAGGAGUUACAAGACCCCGCCUCACGUGGCACCGAAAACCCCGCCCCCCGUGGCUCCCAAGACCCCGCCCCCGAUGCCUCCUAAGACUCCACCCCCCGUGGCUCCUAAGCCCUCGGCGCGGGGGUUCCCUGAUGGGCUGGUGAACGGGGCGGCCCCCUCUGCGGGAAUCCCUGAGCCGCCCAGGCUGCAGGGAAGGGGUGGGGAGUUAUUUGCCAAGCGGCAAAGCCGAGCAGACAGGUAUGUGGUGGAAGCUACGCCCAGUCCCGGCCUUGGCCCUCGGCCCCGCAGCCCUUCUCCUACUCCCUCGCUGCCCCCUUCCUGGAAAUACUCACCCAACAUCCGUGCCCCACCGCCUAUUGCCUACAACCCACUGCUCUCACCUUUUUUCCCCCAAGCUGCCCGAACUCUCCCUAAUAAGGCCCAAUCCCAGGGGCCGCGGGCAACCCCCAAGCAGGGCAUCAAGGCUCUGGAUUUCAUGCGGCACCAGCCCUACCAACUUAAAACUGCAAUGUUCUGUUUUGAUGAGGCUCCCCAGACUCCUGGCCCCACCUCCUCAGGGCCCCCCAAAACUGCCCGAAUCCAGGAGAUCCGCCGAUUUUCCACUCCAGCACCCCAGCCCACUGCAGAGCCCCUGGCCCCCACUGUGCUUGCCCCUCGAGCAGCCACUACAUUGGAUGAGCCCAUCUGGAGGGCAGAGCUGGCCUCAGUCCCUGUCCUGAGCCCAGCCCCUCCUCCAGAAUCUCCCAGGGGUCUUGGGGCCUCCCCCAGCUCCUGUGGCUUCCAGGUAGCCAGGCCUCGUUUUUCAGCCACCAAAACGGGAUUGCAGGCUCAUGUGUGGAGGCCUGGGGCAGGCCACCACUGAGCAGGGCACAGCUCCCAGGACCAAGGAGAGGUGGAACAUCCAGUUCCUAAAGUCGCUUCUCCUGCCCAAUGCACCGCCCCUCUCAGGCAUCUGGAGGUUAAAUUCCCUCCUGCCAGAGAUAGUUUUGGAGUUGGUAUCCCAUCCCCCACUUCUUCCAGACUCCCAACCUCUCUGUUGCUUUCCAACCUAAUAUUUCUGCUUUGGUAUCUGUGUUUCUCUUUGUCUCUGUAGUUUCUUGCCCAGAUCUCUGUCUUUAUCUCUAGGUCUCUCCACCCAUAUUCCCCCACUGGUCUCUAUUUCUCUACUCUGUUCUGUUCUCUGUGAGCCUCAUAACAGUCAAUGAGAGGCACAGGGAGAAGCUACCACUGAGAGCUCAAGCAAGAAGCUCCCCACCAGGCGGGCAGCAAAGGAACUGAAUUGAUUCUUGUUUGCACAGUUACUCUCUACUCACCUUUCCCAAACUUGGUUGGCAUAUACCUAGGCGUGUAUGUGUGCCAGUGUGUGUGUGUGCGUGCACAGAUGUGCUCUUCUGUCUGAGGCAAGAGUAAGAGGAGAGAUCUAAAUAAAGAUCUAGUGUGGGUCUCACCCUUGCGCUGACGAAAGCAGGGUGAGAUAACCCCGCAGGCAGAGUCUAGUGGGGAGAAAGAGAUUCACUAGAGUUAAAAACUAGCAUCUGUAGCUGGUAUACAGCAUCUUGUGAAAGUUAUGGAGUAUGAGAAGGCUUGAAGGACCAAGGCAGUUUGUAUGGGCUGAGUUAUACCCGCUAGAUCAGGAAUUGAACUCAGAAUUCUGUUCUGCCGGAUUUCAGACAGCAACUUGAGAGGCCCAUGAUGAGCAGCAAGCACCCAAGGAGUGAACAAAAAGAAAAAGUUCUUCUGAGAAUGAACAAAUCAUGGGCUUCAUUUCCUCAUAAACCUAAGACAGACAGAAAGAAGAGAGCCAUGGGGUGGAAACUGAGGCAGAACCGGGCGCAGAGCAGAAGUUAAUGAAAUUGAUUGAGCCACAAAGAAGAGCAUGGUGAGAGAGUGAGAAUGCAGUGUUGGCAGAGAGUAAAUUUAGGUAACAAGAAACCAACUGUGUACAAGAGGAGGGUUGGGGGAAAUGUGAUGGAGAAGAAUGUAUUUGUUAGGGUGAAGUGGAUGAUGGUGGGGGGAUGUGAGAGUAUAUGCUGAGUGUUGAAAAAACAGUUGGUAUCUGUGCUACCUCCUUUGAGCCUAUCCCUCUGUCUUCUGCACCGUGUCCUGACUACCAGGGAAAGGGCAAGGAAACACCCAGAGCCAAACCUCUUUGUAUUCCUAAUCCAUCCCUCACACCCUAGCUCUUGUUCCUUUCCAGCUUCAGGUCCUGACCCCUGAUCCUAGAGGAGUGUAGACUCCCCUCUCACCCAUGACUACCAAGGGUCACAUUUGCUGCUUGAUCUGGAAACUGAUCAUUUCCUUUGCAUAUUGGGUGUGAGUCACAGUACUUUUGUUUGUGCACAAGAAUAAACUUAUACCCCACA